AUGACUCAGGAUAAUAGCAUCAUAGAUGCUGGGCUUGCCCGUGAAUGGGCUACCGAGGCGAGGACGCUCGUAUUCUCCGAGGUUGAAUCUCCCACAGAGGAUAACCUUGUCACCUUUCUCAACCUGGGCAUGUUUUGGUGCAGUCAAGGAGAAUGGCAACGAAUGAUUAUUUACUUGGGAAAUGCAAGUGGCACUGUAAGAGCGCUUGGCUUCAUCCCCGAGUCCAUUGCACAUGAAAUGCCCUUUGAAACCGAAUUGAGUCUCCGGCGAUUUUGGGCGUGGUUUCUCAUCAGCCAGUUCAUAAACUGGACGGAUUGUUCUGCAAUGUGUAUUGAACACUUCGAAAACAUUCCACUACCUUGCAAUGAAAAAGAAUUCGACUCGGGUGCUCUGAAAAGCCCACCCGUUUCUAUGCGCGAUCGUAAACGGACUGAUAGCUUCUAUGCGGAGAUGAUCCGACUAUGCAGUAUUUGGCUUGCCCAUGAUGAUGGAUUACAAAUUGACAAAAGACUACGGUCUCUUCAAACGCUAGACACCAAAUUGAGAGUUUGGCAAAAAGAUUUGCCAGAAGUGUUUGCUUUGAGUCGAGCAUGUAUUCGGUCAUCGAAAGAAAAGGGUCAAAUUUUCUCAUUGCACAUCAUAUAUCAUCAAGUUAUGUGUGCUUUGCACUCAUCAAUAGUCCCACUUUUCUCACUAAAUCCCUUGAAAGGAGAAUGUGGGCUUUUCCAAACGACAUCAGCACAAACAGCUUUUUUCCACGCGCAAAAAGUUUCAUCUAUAUUCAUCCAGGCUGGAUCAUUAUUCCGGUUGCCAACAGUCGGCUUUUUGGGCUACGCUGCCUAUUGCUCAUCAGCAGUUCAAAUGCCUUUUUUGUGGUGUCAAAAAAGUCAUAUCAGACAAAGCGCAUAUUUCAACAUUGAGGCUAAUAUGGAAGUAUUGCAUGCUGUUGGUAAACACUGGAAAUUAGUGGCGAUUUUGGCAGACUUUGUGCCUGUGCUCCACAAAUAUCAUACAGGCAUGGCGUACUCCCUUGCAGAUGAGACGAAGGCUUUAGAUGGGGCUGAGUUGAAUAGAAACAGAGGAAUGCGGUUGAGAGCAAGGGCCUCGAUUCUUGGUUAUAACAAGGUCGUUGGCUACAAAGGUUGGAAACAGGGCCAUGGGGGAAAGACCUGCUUGGACCUCGAUUUGGAUGAUGACUCUGAAAAACAAAAUGGAUGUGAACGGAAUGACUUUUCAGAAUCCGAUUCGCCAUUUCCCACAAACUUGGAUUUUUUAAGUAGUAUCCUUGAAGCGCAGAAAGAAUGCUCUUUUCAAGGCCUGGAUAGCUUCUCCUUUCUGCCUGAAACGCAAAAUGUUGUAUCGACACCUAAUGAGUACUUGGAUGUCUCGUCUCAAGUUGGCUGUGGAAUACUUGACACUGAUGAUUUUUCCAAUUUGUUUUAG